UUUUGAAAUGGCGACCGCGAAACCUGUUGUACGUACCCGUUGGACUUCGGAGAUGGAGGAGCAACUUGUUGAGAUGUGGCAACAACAUGACUGCCUAUUUAAUGUGUCAUCAAAGCUGUACCACAACCGUAGCGAUAAGGAGAAGAGCUGGGGAGAAAUCGCGUCGGUUUUAAACGUACCAGUGGAAGACGUUAAGAUGAGAGCAACAACCUUAAGGACUCAGUUCACAAAACUUCUUAAACCCAAACCUAGCAGUAGUGGAGAGAAAGGUUUAACACAGAAACAGAGAUGGCUUUUAAGCAGCUUGGAGUUUCUUAAGAAACAUGUUGCCCAACGCCCCUCUGAGACCAGUCUUGAUCAAUCUGUGAAAGACUUACUGAGUGAAGGACAGGACAUUGAUGACCCCACCAGUGAUGAAGACAUUACAGAUACAUCUGAGGCACUAGGACCACAUACCUCUACCCAGCAAGAGGGUCAAGACCACUCCUCCCUUUUUCCCACUCCCAGGCCUGCUUUAAAACGCCGAAAAGCUGACACAGACACUGUUGAACAACAAAAACUGAAGCUGUUACAACAGAUGUCUGCUUCAGUUCUGGCCUCCCCAGAUGCCUGCAGCUCUUUUGGAAACCAGGUUGCUGUGGAGCUCAGGUUAAUAAAGAAUACAAGCCUACAGACCAGGGUAAAAAGAAAAAUAAUGAAUGCUUUGUUUGAGGCCCAGGAGGCAGACCAAUCUAGUUCCUCAUCAUCCUCACACAUGCCACCACCCAUAUAUUCACCUCUCACACCUACACAAAUGCCCACCUCAACCCCUCUAUACACACAGACACCUCAACACUACCAUCAGCACAUGCCCCCUCAGGGCCCUGUUCAGCCUCAGAACUUUUUGAGGAUGCUAGAAUUGGAAGAGUAGUUGCAUAUAAAAAUGCUGUACGUUAUACACAU